AUGUUUUCACGAACACUAUUUUACUUGUCCGCAGUCAGUUCUGUUGUUCAGUGUCUUUCGCCAUCAGAAUGGCGAGCUCAAUCUGUCUAUCAGGUCAUGACUGAUAGAUUCGCUCGCACUGAUGGCUCCACCUCAGCACCAUGUGAUUUAGGCAAUUACUGUGGUGGCACAUGGGGAGGACUCAUCAAGCACCUGGACUAUAUACAAGAUAUGGGCUUCACAGCUGUAUGUAAAGAAGUUCUUGAUCUCUCUAAACUACUAAUCGACGAGCAGGUCUGGAUUUCACCUGUAGUGAAGAACCUCAACGCCUCGACAGCAGAUGGGUCAAGCUAUCAUGGAUAUUGGGCCCAGGACAUCUACGCAGUAAACACCAACUUUGGUUCCGCUGCAGAUCUAGUAUCACUGUCGGAUGCACUACACAAAAGAGGAAUGGUAUGGAUGAAGACGGCACGCUUGCGAUGA